AUGCUGGAAGACAGCGCCGUGGAUGCUGAAAUUGUACAACGUUUACUGAAAAAGGAAAACACGCCGUAUGUCUUCAAACUCACUGGUAACAAAAACUCCUUCCUGCAGGAGUUGGCAUCAUUUCAGCCCGAAGUUGUACUGGCAGACAAUGCCCUGCCGCAGUUCAGCGCCAUAGAAGCACUGCAGAUUGUUCAGCAGCAACUGCCACAUAUACCAUUCAUACUGGUAACAGGUACUGUCUCUGAAGAAUUCGCCGCAGGCAUUAUUAAACAAGGUGCCGAUGACUAUGUACUGAAAGACCGGUUGGCCAGGCUGCCGGCGGCCAUUGAUGCGGCACUCCGGCACCGUGCCAUUGAAAAGGAAAAAACUGAUGCCGCAAAAAGACUGGCCGAAAGUGAAGAAAAAUACCGCACCCUGGUAGAACAUGCAUUUGACGGAAUUAUCAUCUACACCCUCGAUGGAACUAUACUGGAUUGCAACCACAGCGCCUGUAACUAUCUUGGUUACUCACAGGAAGAACUGAAAAAACUGAACGUAGCAAUAUUAUUUUAUAAAGAAGAACUUAUACAAAGGCCGCUCUAUUUUGAUACACUGAAAGCCGGCCAGGCCACCAUUGAUCACCGCCGCCUGAAAAGAAAAGACGGUACCCAUAUUGACAUGGAAAUUGGCACCAAGAUGAUGCCCGAUGGCAGGCUGAUGGCCAUUGGAAGAGAUAUUACAGAAAGAAAAAAAGCGGCCGAACAGCAGGCCCUGUUUGCCUCUAUUGUUAACUCCUCUGAUGAUGCCAUUAUCAGUAAAACCACCACCGGCCUUAUCACCAGCUGGAACCCCGGCGCAGCCUCCUUGUUUGGCUACAGCGCAGAAGAAGUCAUUGGCCGGCCAAUCUCCAUGAUAGUGCCUCCUGAAAGAAUGGAUGAAGAAAACAGCAUUCUUCAUAAAAUAAAUAAUGGAGAAUAUGUACAGCACCUGGAAACACAGCGCACCAAAAAAAACGGCGACAGGGUGUUUGUGUCGCUUACCGUAUCUCCCGUAAAAAAUAGUAAAGGCGUUAUUACCGGUUCUUCCAAGAUUGCACGCGAUAUUACGGAAAGAAAAAAAGCCGAAGAAUUGCUUCGCAAAAGCUAUGAAGAAAAAAAUACACUCUCUGUAAGAAUGGCCGCCAUAAUAAACACGCUGCCGGCGAAUAUUGCGCUGCUGGAUGAAAAAGGUUUUAUCGUUGAUGUAAAUGAUGCCUGGCGGCAGUUUGGGAGUGACAAUGGUUUUAUUGGCCACAAUCACAGCAUUGGCGAAAACUAUAUUGAGAUUUCAAAGAAAUCAACGGGAGAAUCUUCAAAAGAUGGCAGUUUGAUAGCCAAUGGCAUCAAAGAUGUAAUUGAUAACAAAAGAAAAGAAUUCGUUUUUGAAUAUCCCUGCCAUAGUCCCGGUGUAAAAAGAUGGUUCAGGAUGAUUGCUACCCAACUGGAAGGCAAGGAACUGGCGGGCGCCGUAGUGAUGCACAUUGAUAUUUCUGAACUGCGCAGACUGGAAGAAGAAAGACUGAAAAGCAAAAUAGAAGAGCAGAAAAAAAUUACCAGGGCCAUGCUGCUGGGACAGGAAAAUGAAAGAAGCCAGCUGGGACAGGAGCUGCAUGACAAUAUCAGCCAGCUGCUGGCGGCCAUCCGGAUGAAACUGAGCUUUCACCUGGCAAAAAGCAAAGCCAAACCGCCAAUACUGUCAGAUUGCAUCAACAACCUGCAGGAAGCUGUGGCCGAGACACGUAAUCUUUCGCACAGGAUGCUGAUGCCCAAAUUCAAAGAAAAUAGUUUUAUUGAUACGCUCAAAGAGCUUACACACAAUUACAGCCUGCAGCAGCGGAAGGUGCAGCUGGAGGCUGCUGGGUUUCCGGAACAAAAUAUUGCACCGGUUAUCCUGGAAACCCUGUACCGCAUUGCGCAGGAACAGCUGAACAAUAUUGAAAAACAUUCCAAAGCCAGCCUGGUCACGGUAAGCGUAAAUGCCGACCGGAACCAUGCUCAUAUGAUCAUUAAAGACAAUGGUAUUGGCUUCGACCGAAAGAAGAAACGGCCCGGUAUUGGUUUAACCAAUAUCAGUAACAGGGCUGAGUCUUUUAAUGGUGCUGUAAAAAUUAUAUCCGAACCGGGAAAGGGCUGUUCAUUGCUGGUGAACAUUCCGAUAUCAGAAAAACAUCAGGUGCAGGUGUAA